AAGCUCGGUGCUGUGUUAUAAAUGCAAUCGGCAAGGGCACAUUGCAAGGGAGUGCCCGCAGGUGGGAAACUCCACCGGGUCGAGGCCGGAGGCCAACCCUCGACCCAGCGAUUCAUAGGCCCAGAUGUUAUAAAUAAGCCCAUUAAGAAACUCAGGGUACCAGAGGAGUCAGCAGUUUCGGAUAUUAAGUGCACUGUACCCACGGAGGUACAGGGUGUGCAAUCAGAAUUUACUCGACAGGGGGCAGCACUAGUCCAAGACAAGCCCAACCGUGAUACGAGUCACGUUGAAUCACCAACUAGGGCAGAUGAGGCUACCACAGGGGGAAUACAGGGCACGGUUCCUGCUCCCAUGGUAGUGGUGCGACAAAUCGGAACAGUGGCGGAUUAUUCACUUCAGAUGAAAGUGGGAAACAUUGCUGUGAAUGCUGUAGUGGACACUGCGGCUCAAGUUACGAUACUUUCAGACCGCAUUUACAACAGUCUUAAGAAACAACCUAAGAGGUUGAAUUCAGUACAGCUUUUAGCCGCUGGUCGGGAAAUGGUGAUGCAGGGGUUUACAGCAGGCCCUGUUAAGUUAAAGAUUGGACAUAAGUGGUAUGCUGUGAGGCUAUACGUAGCCCCCAUUGAACAAGAUAUGCUGCUGGGAAUGGACAUUAUGAAGGACUUAGGGCAGGCAGUAGUGGAUGUCGGCAGAGGAGUGAUGCAGUUUGACGGCAUGUAUCUGACAUUAGACGCUAAUUCAGAUAAGGGAACACCUCAGAUGGCCAGGGUCACUGUCGCACGGCGCCAGGUGAUACCCCCUUACUCCGCUGCCAGGGUGGCCUGUAAGUUAGAUGUAGAUCUUCCUAGUUAUGUAAUAGAGCCAAAGGUGGGGGGUACUGGUAAGUUCCUUGCUCCCAGGGUUAUUCGUAAUGGGGGGUCUGAACCCAUCAUGGUCCUCAUAAAUCCCAGUGAGAGGCACAGACUACUGCGUAAGGGUACUGAAGUGGGGCGGGCUUUUACCUAUGCGGGUAUUAUAACGUCUGGGGAGCCCCUGGGGGAUCCGUUAUGUUUCCCUAGUAACCAAGGGGAGGGUGGCAGGUCACCUGGGGCGGAGGUCAUUCACUGCAUACCACCAGCAGUGCAGUCAGUCACGGCACGGACCGAUGACGAGGUCAAUGAUGAGGCGCGACGCGUGCCUUCUCAUUUAAAGCAGGUGUAUGAGGAAUCCAGUGCAGAAUUAGACGAUCAGCAGAAAGUUCAGCUAGCGAGAUUACUCACGGAGUAUCAAGAUGUGUUUGCUAGAGACGAAUUUGAUUUAGGAAACUUCACAUUGGUUGAGCAUAAGAUAGACACCGGUACUGCUCUUCCGAUAAAGCAGAGAAUGCGGCGAACGCCACGGUGCUUUGUGGGCGAGGAGGAAGCCCAUUUACAGAAGAUGUUGAAGGCAGGAGUGAUUCAGGAGUCAACUUCCGACUGGGCGUCGGCGCCAGUGUUAAUACGGAAGAAAGAUGGCUCUGUGAGGUGGUGUAUCGAUUACCGUGCGUUGAAUGCCGUGACCACUAAGGACGUGUUCCCAUUACCCUUAGUCGACGACUGUUUGGAUACCUUGUCGGGUAAUGUGUAUUUUUCUAAGUUGGACGCCAACUCUGCGUAUUGGCAGGUGCCCAUACGUGAAGAGGAUCGGAAAAAGACAGCUUUCAUUACGAAAUAUGGUCUCUAUGAGCAUGUGCGUAUGGCAUUUGGUCUGUGCGGGGCGCCCGCGACCUAUGCUCGGAUAAUGAACUUAGUUUUCCGUGGAAUGUCCUGGAAAACUGUGCUGGCAUUUCUAGAUGACAUAGUGGUACUCGGUACUACUUUUGAUGUGCAUUUACAGAACCUAAGGGACGCCCUUGAAAGGUUCCGCAGCUACGAGCUGAAGCUUAAGCCAAAGAAAUGCAUCUUCUUUAAGAAGGAGAUUGAAUUUCUCGGACGGAUAGUGACAGGGGAGACGCUCUCCAUGUCUGAUCAUGACAUUAAGGCUGUCACGGAAUGGCCUACACCAACAUGUGCCAAAGAUGUGGAGAAAUUCAUGGGCUUGGCUAAUUACCAUCGAGCCUUUAUUAAAAACUUCAGUGAGAUAGCGGCACCCCUGUACGCUGUAACUGGAAAGAGUUACGAGUGGGGUGAGGAACAAGCACGGGCUUUUACGGCAUUAAAGGGGGCAUUAACAUCUCCCCCGGUUCUUUCUGUUCCCACGGUGGACGGAGAGUUCAUUUUAGAUACAGACGCAAGUGACUUUGCUAUAGGAGCAGAGCUUAUUCAAGUACAAGAUGGCCAGGAGAAAGUGAUAGCUUACGGUAGCUAUGGAUUAACCAGGGAACAGAGGAGGUAUUGUACGACACGCAAGGAACUCUUGGCGGUGGUACGAUUCACCCGACAGUUCAGGUACUAUUUAUUGGGGAAACCAUUUACUAUUAGGACUGACCAUUCGAGUUUAAGAUGGCUGAUGAAAUUUCGGGAGCCGCAGGGUCAGCUGGCGAGAUGGCUGGAAGAGCUCUCACAGUACGACAUGGUGUUGUCUCAUCGCGCUGGGCGCAAACAUGGGAAUGCGGACGCGCUGUCUAGAGCGACUCACACGGGGCAGUGCAAAGCAGGCACCAGGGGGCGGCUAGAUGCUCUACCAUGUGGUGGAUGCGGGUAUUGCAGGCGGGCCCACGAGAAUUGGGUGGGUUUCGAGGAGGAAGUGGAUGAUGUUAUUCCGCUAGCACAGGGUGCGNUCGAGAUUCACAAGGCCCGUACUACGCCGUACCGGCCGGCCAGCAAUGGCCAGGUAGAGCGCUAUAACCGCACUCUCAUGGAUGCGGUACGCUGCUUCACGGAGAAGGCCCAGAACGGCUGGGACUUGCGUCUACAACAGAUUGCCGGGGCACUUAGGGCAUCUGUAAACCGGAUGACGGGGUACACUCCCAACAGGUUAAUGUUGGGGAGGGAGGUGAACGCACCUGCAGGUUUAAUGUUCCCACGGAGGAGCAUCAAUUUUGAAGAUUCAGAUAGCUAUGCCGCACGGUUGGCAGCUGAUCUGAUGGAAGCCCACGAGACGGCUCGGGGUAAACUGCGAGUAGCCUCUAAAAGAAUGAAGAGGGACUAUGACUUAAGGAUACUCGAGCGACCGUAUGCUGUGGGAGAUACAGUAUAUGUGCUGGAUACUGCGGCAGCCAAGGGGAAGUGUAAGAAAUUGUGCCCACCAUGGAGGGGGCCAGGUUUAAUUGUAGCACGGCUCAGUUCAAACCUGUUCCGCGUUAAGGUGCGGAAUGCAGUCUUUGUGACCAACCACGAUAGGUUGAAGCCUUGUCGAGACAAGGAGGUGCCCCAGUGGAUACAACAUUGGAGGAAGAAUCCAGUGCCCGACUCCACGGCGAGGGGCGAUGACCGGGUAUAUUGCAGUUGCCGUCAACCCUGGCAGGGUAGAUUUAUGCUGCAAUGUGAUUACUGCGGGGAGUGGUAUCACGGGUCAUGUGUUAAUGUGACGGCCACGGAUGCCUUAAGCAUUAACAAGUACAAAUGCCAAGACUGCAUACGCCGAGCUUAA